ACUGUUUGGUUUUACCCGAAACCGGACCGUAUAACUCGGACCAGGACCGGACUGGGACCGGAUAGCAAACAAUGCAAUCUCAUAUUCGGGCUUAGAUUUGAGGUAAAAGACCGGAUAAGAGACCCCUAACACCUAAAAUCAAGAUAAAAUUGGGACCGGACCGGACUGUAUCCAAUCAAAUCUUUGAUCCUUAUAUUCCCGAAAAGAUCGGACUAGGACCGGAUAAAUUUGGUCCAAUUUAACCGGACCGGAUCAAUUUGGACCAAUUUAACCGGACCGGACCGUAUAGCCACCCCUAUAAAAGGAGGGGUACCCGAAUCUAAGCAUGAGAAGGAAAUCCAUCCGAAACUUAGGCCAGUUAUGGCAACUGGGCUGACCCGCAAAGCAGGCCUUCUUCAGAGGGCCGACAACUGGGCCUGGCCUGACGGAUAGAAAGACGAUGACAGACAGUGCUUUCGUUUUGGGGUCAUAGAGAUGCUCUCCGUUGUGAUGACGGAGCAACCGAAGCAAAUAACCAAAAGAAAUGUCACCCCCACCAUAAUUCUGCCGUCAUCGCCUUAAACCAAGUGUCGUCUUCCUUCCUAGUAAAGGCGUUCACACAUCAACUGCUCACCACAUCAUCGCUUCAAUUCACAAAUUCCAACGCUCUCACGACGCAUGCAAUCGCAUCAAUUCAAGUAUUGAACACAUUCCUCAAAGUCCAUCACUAUCUCCCUUAGCUAGAAAGAAAAGAGAGAGAGAGAGAGAGAAAGAGAAAGAAAGUAAGAAUGUCAUCGGCGGCAGGGAUGUCCGUUGGCGCGCUCCCCGGAUACCACGGCCUGAAAUCCAACUCGUCGGCGGCGACGACGAAGCAGCUCUACUUCUCGGGGAAGGAUGUUGCGUGGAGGAGGAAGGCUGCUGCAGUGUCGAACGGUUCGAGGGUUUGCUGCAUGAAGACGUGGAACCCGAUCGACAACAAGAAGUUCGAGACGCUGUCCUACCUUCCUCCGCUGUCCCAGGACUCCGUCGCUAAGGAGAUUGAUUACAUGAUCAAGAAGGGCUGGAUUCCUUGCCUUGAAUUUGACGAGGUGGGAUAUGUGUACAGGGAGAACAGCAGGAUGCCCGGGUACUACGACGGCAGGUACUGGACUCUGUGGAAGCUGCCGAUGUUCGGUUGCAACGAUUCAUCCCAGGUGCUGAACGAGAUUGAGCAAUGCAAGCAGACUUACCCUAAUGCUUACAUCCGCUGCCUCGCCUUCGACAACAUCCAACAGGUCCAGUGCAUGGCUUUCCUCAUCCAAACUCCCAACUCUAAUUAAGCUAGACAGCUUGCUAGCUAGUUCCCCCGGCCCCCUGCAUCUUCCUGAACUUAGAUGCAAUUCCUAGCUACCAUUACACCAUUGUGGCGCCCUUCGUCACUUGUUCUGCUGAAUAAAUCUUCCUCAAUAAAGACUGCAAGGCAGUUUGGCUAGCUACUUGAUCACAUAUGCCUGGUUAUGUGAUAAUGAGAAGUUGUUAAUGCUUGUUUCCACAUGUUAUAUUUGUAUCAGGUGAUUCUUCGUAAUUCCAUUCCAAAGACGACCUAAGUCGUUUACGUUCCACUAGCUCCCACAAAUAACUAUGGUUUGGAAAUAGUUAGCUAUUGUUGUAACUAAGCUUGAUUUGAUGUUCGGGCUCGUUUACUAACGAGUCAAAGUUGUGAGGCUCGCGAACUAGUUUGAUUUAGUUUUGAGCUCAUGAGUUGGCUCAGCAAUGUGUGGCUAGCUAGCGAGCUAACUAAACUAGCAACUUCUUAAUAACUUGUUCUAUAGCUUAUAAGUUGGCAGGGUUCAUGAAAGUGUAAUUCCACGUACGCCUAAGCACUGGGCAGAUAGGACGCUUCGUCAAGACCAUGUGCAGACAAUUUGACGUUCAUGUGCAGACAAUUAAUCGACUUGGAGCAGGAUUAAUCGACAUUAGGAAAGAUUAGGCGACUAACUGACCAAAAUAAAAAUAUGCAGCUAAUCUACCCAGAAUGGGACCGUCGCUUCCUUCCUCUAUUUGGAAUCAAAAUUUUAGGUCGAACUCGAACACUCAUAACACACAACUGAGGAAUUGCAUGGACCUCUCCUUGUCGCUCCAUUCUUUUCUCCCUAUUCUCGCUUUUCAUCCUCGCUCACUCAAGAGCCCCCACAACACAUGAUUUUUGCAGUUCUUCUCUAGUUCUAGUCGAUCUGACCCUCUUCCAUGUUCUUCGCCACCAUCGACCGUGGAACAGUCACAAGUUACCAAAGUUGGUUUAAUGGUUCAUAGCUUUAUUAGAUUAUAUAUUUCAAAAAAUAGGAUGGUUUAGGAAUUUGAGCAUGUGACCAUAUAUGUCUCAUUUAUAAUUCAUAAUGAGAUUUAUUUAUGAUGGUAUAUUAUACUAUUUAUUAACAUGAUAUGAACUAUUUAGAAUUUAUAAAGGUAAAUACGAUAC